AAAAAAAAAAAACAGCAACUUUAGACCUUCCUAAUUUGUUCUUUUAUGUUGAAACUUGGGCACUGUAUGUUUUCUCAUGUUUUAUUCUGUGAAUUUCCAGCCUGAGUCUUAGUAGAGUUGAUGAUCCUGAACUCAGAGGCGGAGUCAGGAUUUGAAACUUUUCAGGAUUAUAGUUCUUUUAAGUUACCGGGUUCUAACUUUAUAAUUUGUGCAUAUUCAAUGAAUUUCUUAAGACAAAUAUAAGGUUUGGACCAAAGCAACUAGGUUCGGCCAAACCCGUAGCCGAAGAGCUGGCUCCACCCCUGCCCGAACUAUCCUCAAGUUUCAUAAACAAUAAUCUCCAUAUUUGGGAUUCUGAUAUUAUCAUAUAUUAAGAAGGGAGAUUAACCUUCGUUUCCUCUGCCUGAAAGGGAGAUUAACAGGGCAUUCAUAAUGGAAACACCAAAGUCGAAUCAUCAACGAAGAGGGAGUAUACCUCCUUUCUUGAUGUCUCAAACAUUGGGGUCAAAUGAAAAGCCAUGUAGAGAUUCGCGAUCAAAUGACGAAAAAGGGGUAAAUGUGAAAGUUAUAUUGCGUUGCAGGCCUCCAAAUGAGGAUGAAAUGAAGGUGAAAGGUCCCUCCGUGAUCUCGUGCAACGACCUGAGAAAAGAAGUUACUGCAAAUUUGAACACAGCUACUAAGCAACUAAACAAAACCUUUGUCUUUGAUAAGGUUUGUGGUCCAUCAUCUCAGCAAAAGGACUUCUAUGAUCAUUCUGUGGCUCCUCUUGUUAAUGAAGCUCUCGAGGGAUAUACUUGUACUAUUUUUGCUUAUGGCCAAACCGGAACAGGAAAAACUUACACAAUGGAAGGGGAAGCAAUUAAAGAGAAGAAUGGGGAGUUUCACAAGAAUGCUGGAGUAAUCCCAAGAGCAGUCCAGCAAAUUUUUGACAUUUUGGAGUGCCAAAAGGCAGAGUACACUAUGAAAGUUGCAUAUAUAGAGAUUUACAAUGAGGAAAUAACAGAUCUUCUUUCGCUGGAUGAGGAAUCAAAAUCGAUAGAAGAGAAGCCGAGAAAGCCAUUAGCCCUUAUGGAAGAUGGAAAAGGUGCAGUUUUCAUCAGAGGCCUAGAAGAGGUGGCAGUGUCAACGGCAGAUGAAAUAUACAAAAUUUUGGAGAAAGGCUCUGUUAAUAAGCAUACAGCUGAGACGCUUCUUAACAAACAAAGUAAUAGGUCUCAUUCAAUAUUUUCCAUCACCUUACAAGUUAAGGAAUGCACUCCUGAGGGACUAGAACUGAUAAAGUGUGGAAAACUUAAUCUUGUUGACCUAGCUGGAUCUGAGAACAUUUUACGCUCGGGAGCGAAAGAGGGAAGAGCAAGAGAGGCUGGUGAGAUAAAUAAGAGCUUGCUUACUUUGGGCAGAGUCAUCAAUGCUUUGGUUGAUCAUUCUGGACAUGUUCCAUACAGAGAUAGCAAAUUGACAAGGUUACUGAGGGAUUCAUUAGGAGGAAAAACAAAGACAUGCAUAAUUGCCACAGUUUCACCAUCCAUUCAGUGCUUGGAAGAGACUCUCAGUACUCUUGAAUAUGCUAAUCGUGCCAAGCAAAUUAAAAACAGGCCAGAGGUCAACCGGAAGGUGACCAAAUCUGCACUAAUCACAGAUCUGUAUGUGGAGAUGGACCGCCUAAAGCAAGAAUUACACGCAACGAGGGAGAAGAAUGGAAUCUACAUACCACAAGACCGCUACUUGAGUGAAGAGGCAGCUCACAAGGCAAUAGUUGAGAGACUGAAGUUCACAGAACAUGAUUUAGAGUCCAAAAACAAGAAACUGAGAGAGCUUCAGGAUCUUUAUGAUUAUCAGCGACAACUGACAGCAAAUUUAACCGAAAAACUUGAGAGAACUCAGAGAGAACUCAAGGAAGUUGAACAAGCUUUCAAUGAUCUAGAAGCUCAAAAUAGUCUAGCUAAAGAGACGGUUCAAGAGAAGGAUCGUCUGGUAUUUAAUCUCAUUAAAUCUGAAAAGGCAAUGACUGACAAAGCACUUGAGCUUCGAGCUGAAGUAGAGAAUGCAGAAUCAGAGAUAUCCACCUUGUUCGCCAAAAUUGAGAAAAGCAACAAUAGGGAGGAGAGAAACAAAAUUCUCGUGCAAAAUUUCCGCAACAAAUUAACUCAGCAACUUGAAAGUUUAAAGAGAAACACUGCAGUUUCUGUAACCAAACAAGAGCAGCAAUUGAAUGUAAUAUUAGAAGAUACACAAUCCUUCUUAGCUACUAAAAGGAGGGCUACAGAUGAGUUAAAGACUCAGCUCCAGAAGCUGAAAGACAAGUAUAGCUCUGAUAUUCAGAAUUUAGCUGUUUCGGCCCAAGAACUUAAUGAAAAUUCUCAGCUAGCUUUUAGCGAAGUGAAUUCAGAAGUAUCAAAGCAUUCUUAUUCCUUUAUGGAUCUUGUUGCAAAGAUUUCUGCCGAUGUUAAUGCUAUACUCAAUGGCCUGCAAGGUAACAUAAGGGAACUUGAGGUGAAGAUAAAUGCUUUUGUGCAAAAGGAACAACAGAAUCAAACAACAAGAUAUCAAGGAAUUCAAUUAACUUCUGAAGUUCUCCUCAACUUUUUCAAGACUUUAAAUUCAUACAUUUUAAAAUUGAGACUAAUGGAUGAAAAAUCACAAAUAAUUAAUCAUCAGCAACUCUGCACCCUUGAAGAGAAGUUUGAGGAGUUGGCUGCAAGUGAAGAACGACAACUGAUAGAAAAAGUUGCAGAGCUUAUGUCAGCUUCUAAUACUAGGAAGAAAAAACUGGUUCAAACAGCAGUAAAUGGCAUUAGAGAGUGCACUAGUAUCAAAACCAGAAAUCUAAAUGCUGAGUUCUCAAACAUACAAGGUUGCACUAAUUCUGCCUAUGAAGAAUGGACAAGCUACGUUGAAAGCACACAAGCCCACCAUAUCGAGGAUUCAACUAGAUUGGACUUUUGGAAAAGUAGCCUAGCAGGGCACAUCGAAUGCUGCUUGGCAAAAUCAAAGGGGGUCGAAGAUGGAUGGAGAAAUGCCCAAGAAUCCCUUCUUAGACAACAAACAAGAAAUAUCAACUCAGUUGAUUGCAUUAUGAAGAGUGCCAUGGAAUCAAAUGGAAAGAUCAGCACUCAGUUUUCCUCCACAGUGACUUCUAUACUAGAAGAAACAGCUAUUUCCAAGAGGAACCUUCUUUCAGCCAUGGAAAUUGAAACUGAUGCAGGUUUGCUGAAACUUGAUCAUAAUGAAUGUGAGAAGAUUUAUUCAGUUAUGUAUCCUUGUGUUGAGGAUAUGAAACAAAUGAAAGACAGUCAUUCCUCCAAAGUAUCAGAGAUUGCAGAAAAUGCAGGAAAAGUAUUGACAGAUGAGUACAAGGUUGAUGAACCAUCAUGCUCAACUCUGAGGAGGAAAAGAGUUAGCGUUCCAAGUAGGGAAUCUAUCGAAAAUCUCAGAACUCCUUUACUCGAGGAGUCACUCAAGUCGUUUCAAGGCAAUGGAAUAGCAACCCGAGCUAACAGAAUGUAAAUCCAUUCUUCUUCCAAUUUCGUACAUCAAAUUGUGUAUAUAAAGAAGAGUUCGUCCUUCUUCAAAGAGAUAAAGUCACGCGGCCCCUCAACCAGAGGGGCAUGAGGAUGUUGAGUUGAACUAAUAAUGUUCUUUUGAAAUAGGAUAACCAAUUUAGAGAUUGAUCGAUUGAUGUUUAUAUCUGUUGAUGUGUAGUAUUUUAGUAAAACUGUAAAAGAUAAAAAAGCAUGUCAUCUUGUGAAUUUGGAGCCUUAGAAGAUCAAUGUUUCUUUAUUUUGAA